UAGCGCGAAGAAAGAAAGCGUAGAGAUUACUGAAAACUUGGGGAAGGGAGAGUGUAGGCGGUAAUCGACUGACUCAGAACGUAUACAAAUCUCUCUUAUUGGGUUUAGGGUUUUGGAGAGGUGUUUCGAUUCAUCGCUUUGUCAACCGUCUGUAAAAAUGUCUCAAAGUGGAAAAUUAAUGCCCAAUCUGGACCAAAACAGUACGAAGGUCCUUAACCUUACUGUUCUUCAGAGAAUGGAUCCUUACAUCGAAGAGAUCUUGAUCACUGCCGCACAUGUCACCUUCUACGAAUUCAACGUCGAGCUCAACCAAUGGAGUCGCAAGGACGUUGAAGGAUCUCUCUUUGUCGUUAAGAGGAACACCCAGCCACGGUUUCAAUUUAUAGUAAUGAAUCGGCGAAAUACAGAAAAUCUUGUGGAGAAUCUCUUGGGAGAUUUUGAGUUUGAACUUCAAGUUCCAUAUUUGUUAUACCGGAAUGCUUCCCAAGAAGUUAACGGUAUUUGGUUCUACAAUUCACGUGAAUCUGAGGAUGUUGCAAAUCUGUUUACCAGGAUACUCGGUGCAUAUUCAAAGGUUCCCCCGAAUUCCAAAGUGAACAAAAGUGAGUUUGAGGAACUUGAAGCUGUACCUACCUCUGCCGUAACUGAGCCGCCAUUUACUACCCCCAGUUCUAUAGAUGUACCUGAUGACUCUUCAUUUGUGAACUUCUUCAGUAGCGCUAUAAACUUGGGACAUACUUCUUCCAUACCGUUCAGUUCUGUAAAGCCUUACCAUAAUUCUACAAUGGCUUCUCCUGCUACACCUUCUCCUUUGCUUAAUGGUCCAACAAUGCAAAUCCCGUCACUUGCUCCAUCCACCCCUGCAAUGCCUCUCCGUGUGGAUCCUGAGUCGGUGAAUAGCAGCAAUCUUGUCACCAAUCUUUUCAAGCCCCUUUCCUUUUUUACGCCCUCUUCAUCCUUAUCUCCAACGAUGCCACAACCUAUUUCGUCUAUACCAGUUACUGCCCUUCAGCCUCCUUUAAAUAUACAACGCAGCCAUGGGGUUCCAUUACUUCAACCAUUCCCCCCACCAACACCACCCCUAUCUCUUACUCCUAAUUCUACUUCCCCUCCAAAUUAUGGACCGCUAGGCAGAGAAAAAGUCAGAGAUGCACUCAUGCUGCUUGCCCAGGAUAAUCAAUUCAUUGACAUGUUGUACCAAGCUCUGCUGAAAGCAAAUCAAAAAUCAUGACUAGUUUCAAGAAACUGUUGAAAAAUUCAUUUGUAUGAAGUUCACUUUGCAUAUAUAAUUGGCGUUUCGUCAUCAGAAGCAUUGCUGCUGUCAUUGCCUACCACACGAUCAAUGAUCGAUAUAAUCUUUGACUGGUGCUACAGGAAAUUGGUAUUAGUGAAGUCUGGUGGUUGUUAUGGAGUUAUGUAAGUUGGGUGUGAACCCUUUUGAUGUAUUUUGUAUGCAAUAGUGGUUACAUAUGUAGUUUGCGUACCUCUUACCCUCUAACCAAACGACAAAUUUAUGAACAAAAGGAGUUGAUGCUAAUAUAGUGCUUUUGCUACU